UUUUUUUUACGUCGUGUGUGAUUUAAACCAACCACCACCUUUUGUUAUUUACUUUCCCCACUUUUAAUAAUAAAUAUGGAAGCACCCGAUUUUGAGGUUGCUUCACCUCCAUCAGAUGGUAUUUCGAGCCUUGCAUUUUCCUCACAAACAGAUAUUUUAGCAGUUUCCUCUUGGGACAGUAUGGUUCGUCUUUAUGAAGUUCAGCCAACAGGUAAUACCAUUCCAAAAGCCUCUUAUAGCCAUGAAGGCCCUGUUCUAUCUGUCGAUUGGUCAAAAGAUGGUACUUCAGUUGUGUCAGGUGGCACAGAUAAAGCAGCUCGUAUGUAUAAUCUCGCGACUGGUCAAACAGUUCAAGUUGCAGCACAUGAUGAACCUAUCAAAUGUGUCAAAUUUCUCGAUAACCAACCUAAUAUCUUAGUUACUGGCAGUUGGGAUAAAACCUUAAAAUAUUGGGACUUACGAAGCCCAACACCUAUUGGCACACUUCAAUUACCCGAACGUUGUUAUUCAAUGGACACUAAAGCUAAUUUAUUAGUCGCCGGCACUGCAGAUCGACAUGUCAUUAUCGUGAAUACAAAUAAUCCUACUACCAUCUUUAAGCAAGCCUUAAGUCCCCUCAAGUGGCAGACACGUUCUGUAGCUUGUUUUAUUGAUGGAAGUGGAUAUGCAAUUAGUUCCAUUGAGGGACGUGUAGGCAUUCAAUAUAUAGAGGAAAAAGAUCUCAGUAAAUCUUUCUCUUUCAAGUGUCAUCGUGAUGAAACAAAGAAUGUAUACGCAGUGAAUGAUAUUUCAUUUCAUCCAACGUAUGGUACAUUUUCAACGGCAGGAGCAGAUGGAACGAUCAGUUUUUGGGAUAAAGAUUCAAAACAACGCUUAAAAACGUUACCAAAAUCAACAGGAACCAUUUCUUGUACUGCAUUUAAUCGAACGGGCAAUAUCUUUGCCUAUGCAGCCAGUUAUGAUUGGACAAAAGGCUAUAAAUUUCAGGCUACUGAAGGUCAAGUAAAUAAACUCAUGUUACAUGCUGUAAAAGAUGUAGAAAUCAAACCUCGACCAAAGAAUUAAAAAUAUUUAUUUUUUUUCUUUUUAUAUAAAUAAAUAUAGCUCCUUUAAAGGAGUUUGUUAAAGGAGAAAGUACGACCCUAUUCGCUUCUUAUUAUUAUCAUUAUCUUUCUUUUUUUUAUUUU